GCUGCGCUGAUGCUCGCGGUGCGCUCUGCCUCCAAUCCAACACUUCUGUUCCCAAAGCCGCUUUCCCGAAAAUUCAGUUCGGAUUUCAGUUCGGAUUUGAGUACCACGCGAUGAAGACGGCGGCUUCAAUUAAUCCAGAAUUAAGAGUGCAGUGAUACGGGGUUUUGUAUACUUUUUCAAAUAGUUAAAAGUUAAAAUUAUGAAAAAAAAAUUAAUUGGUUUUGCUUUUUAAAAACUGAUUCCGUGAUUUCGUGAAGUAAAUUUAAGCUCUGAUCCUUAAAGUUUUGAUAAUUAAUAUACGCGUAUCCUACAGCUAAAGUUGAAUUCCACUACUUGUGUAUCAAUCAAUACCCGUCUUAAAACAAAUAUAACGAAUUAAUUAGUGAUUGUAACGAAAAGUGAAAUAAAAAGGCUUAAAAAUGGCAAAGCUGUUAUUAAUAUUCAGUAUUUUUAUCGCUCUUGCAUCUAUACUCGAUAACAGUUUCGUAAAGGCGGAAUUAUCCACUAAAGAUCGAAUAAAGAAACAUCAAGAUUGGCUGAAAGAGCACAGCAAACCUAAGGCGAAAAAAAUACAUACGAACAACUCAUAUUAUGAGCUGGCAAACUUAUGGCACACGAGAAAAAAUUUAUCUCUUAAGCAAAAACCAACUAACAAAGAAGAAUAUUUAGAAAAUGAGACGACUAGUAAAAUAUCUAACAAAUCGAAUGAAAUAGUAUUAAAGCCAACGAAUAUAUUUAUAAAUGACACCAAACAAAAUACAUCGACUCCUAAAUCUGAUCUGGAAGCAACUACAAUAGCAACAUUGCUUACUAAGGAUCCAAUUGAAAAUGGUAACGUUGCGACUACAAGUCAAACCCCAAGUAUUGUGGAGGUUUUCUCUUCUCCAAAUCCACCGAAAGUAAUAACAACAAAAAAGCUGAAGAAGAAUGUUAAUCCAUAUCCACGAUGGGACAAGUGGAGCAACUGGAGCGCGUGUUCUCGAAGUUGCGGCGGGGGCGUUAAGUAUCAAAUUCGAAAAUGCAUCAGCAAAAACCCAGUGACGAAUAAUCAGCUUACGAGUAAUGCAUGUGUGGGCUACUUUAAACGUUAUCAGCUAUGCAAUGAUGUGCCUUGCGACGCGCAAUCCCCGGAUUUUCGAGCUACUCAAUGUACAACUUACAACGAAAUAGAGUUUCAUGGUCAUCGAUAUAGGUGGGAACCUUAUGUAAAGGACGAUGCUGAAUGUGAACUCAACUGCAUGCCAUUUGGAAUGAAAUCAUUUGCCACACUGAAUGAAUCUGUAAUUGAUGGUACACCUUGUCAACAUCCCGCUGAAUACUAUCGAUCGCAACUUUGGGAUCGCGCUGUUUGCGUUGAUGGUGCUUGUAAGGCGGUUCACGCCAGUGGCGACAUUGAUGGACUGUAUGCGCACAGUGGGUCCGUCACUUGCGGAGGAUUACUGUGUCGGCCCGUCACUGGGAUCUUCACUCGGGAUCCCCUUCCCGAACACGAACUUAUACACGUUACUACCUUACCAGCGGGUGCAUCGAAUAUUUCAAUAACAGAACUUAAAAAUAGCAUCAACUUGCUAGUGUUGAGGACGUCCAAUGAGGUAUCCGUUUUUAAUGGCGAGAGUACUGUAUCGGAAAGUGGAUCUUAUGAAGCGGUUGGAGCCACAUUCGACUAUCACCGAAUCGACGGAGCACAAGACAGUACUGGGGUGACGGAGUGGAUCACAAGUAUUGGACCCAUCAGGGACUCAUUGCAACUUAUGGUUUUCACUAAUUCACCGAAUAAUACUGGUAUAAAGUACGAGUACAUGCUGCCAGUGAUAUCUGAGUCUGAGGAAAACGAGAUGUCUUUGGAAAGUAACGACGGGCUGUUGAGAUCCGGAAUCGAGGACACCAGUUCAUCCAGUAGCUCGAGGGCGGGACGUAAGCGUAUCUUUAAUUGGAAAGUAAUUGGGUUCAGUAGUUGCACGAAGUCCUGUGGAGGCGGCACGCAGACACCCAUCAUACGUUGCAUUCGGAAGAACCCACUGCGGUACUACUCGCAGCGCCGUUGCAUGCACUCCGUGAAGCCGGUGCUGAAUGAGAACCUAUUGCACUGCAACACGCAACCCUGUCCAGCAUAUUGGCGACUGGACGAGUGGGGCGAGUGCCGCUGCCUGAGCAGUGGAGCCUUCCGGCGGCGGGAGGUGAGCUGUGUACAGGAGCUAGCCUCCGGCCUGGUCAUACACGUGGACAAGGCCGCCUGCAUGGAGGACCAGCCACCCACCCAGAAGCAGUGCGAGUGUCCCAGGAACCGGCGACGCAACUUGUCGCGAUACCGUCUGCCAGGCACCUUGGACUACUCGAACAGCACUCAAGUCAAGCGCAGCAAGAUCGACGGCAGCGAAGUCAAUGCCAUCUGGCUGACUUCCGAGUGGAAUCAGUACUGUUCGGCCGCUUGUGGGUCGGGGGUUGAGUAUCGUACUGUGUUCUGCGAUCGCUCGAAGGCCGGCGAGCAGCGCUGUGAUCCCAGCAUCACCCCCGAAAGCCGUCGUCCUUGUGAGAAGUCCAGUUGCAAGGUGGGCGACUGGUUCACAGGACCCUGGUCCUCGUGCAACGGCGACUGCUUCGACCUGACCCGCAGCCGAGAGGUGCUCUGCAUCCUUAACCAGCUGAUCACCGAGGCUACGGAGUGCAAGGCAGAGCUGAAGCCCCAAUCAGAGGAGAAGUGCUCCCACGAGGAGGUGGAGUACUGCGCUGCCCGUUGGCACUACUCGGAAUGGUCGGAGUGUUCCAAAUCAUGUGGAGGUGGAAAUCAGCGGCGCAGUGUGAAGUGUUUGGAGUACGACAUGAAGUUGAACGUCCUCCGGGAAUCAUCGCAAUGUCGGUACACGACCAGAGAGCCAAUCUAUCGUGGCUGCAAUGCACAAAACUGCGAAGAAGUGCCGAUAACUCCAGCUGUUCCGAUUUGUACUGAUAAGUUCCCCAACUGCCAAUUGGCUUCGCAAGCAAAGCUAUGUAGCUAUGACUACUAUCGCGACAAUUGUUGUGCCUCCUGUACUGGUGGUAUUUAGAGCGAUUUUGAAGUAUAUUAAAAGUGGCAUCGAUCAGUAGUUCUUAAGAAUCAUACUUAAUUUAUAAACGACUCUUUAACCGCCGAGCAAAAUAGCAAUAUACUUUAAGCAUUACCCCAAAUAUGACAUUUUAUUAACUGUUACUACAUGUAGCAUUUCUGACACUAAAGCUCAAAAUAAGGCUUGCAGGGGGAAUUGCAUGAAAUUAAAUCUUCGGUCAAGAAAAAUGUAUUAACGAAAUUAAAUAACAUCUACUGAAACAGACUAACUGAAGACUUUAACAUUAAAAAUAGUGCAUUUUCGCAUUGUAAAAAGUGAUGUUCUUUUAAAACCAACCAAUCAGUGAAAAUUUAUAAAUCAGAAAGCUGACACUUU